AUGGAGGGGCCUAGCAAGUCACUGCUAGAUGCUAAGUCUCAGGUCACCAACCAGAUUAUAGAUUUCCUAUGGAAACUGGGUAUGGCUGUGAGCUCCAACAAUUGCAGAUCUUUUAAAUAUCCUUAUGUUGCAGUCAUGCUAAAACUGGCAGAUUAUUUAGGCCAAGUAAAGAACAAGUCCUUUGAAAUGACAAUUCCACAGUUUCAGAAUCUCUACAGACAGUUCAAGGAAAUCACGGCAAUUAUUGAAACUCUGUGA